AUGUCCCAUUUCACAACGGUCACUGCGACUUAUAUUCUAGUGAAAUAUUCGAGGUCUUACCCAUCGUCUGCGCCGUCAUCGCAGGCCCAAACAAGCUCAGAUGUAGACUGGCAGCAUUUCGUGAACCCCGUAAUCAAGUUAUACCUGGACGUCAAGAAGUCUUCAACAGGCGAACUUGUUUCUGUCCGGCUGCGUAUUGCAUGGUUUAUGGACGACCGUACAGAGGAUGUCGAUCGACGAGAAGUCGUGUUCGAAGACUUGGAGUUACUGUCAUUUUCAUCGCUGUCUCCACCAAACCCGCAAGCGGCACAAAUAGAACAAGGUCUCCCUCUAAAGGCUGUUUACCGUGAUUCUGUGGUUGGUAUACGUUACCUUCACCCAAGAGUUAUUGGGCCAGGCACUCAUCCGGUUUAUCGUCGAUUUCAAAUUACUUUCCUCUCACCUACCGCUGCCCUCCAGUUUAUCGACGCGAUUCGUACCGUUUGUCCCUGUAAAGCUAACCCAUCAACCCAAACGCCAGUUCGUAAUCAGACCAUGCACACGGAUCUCAGCAGACCGCGAACUUCCACUGGUCUAAUGUCGCAAACAAACACCCUCAUCCGUACCCAAACCUCCCAUUCCGCUGCGCCUAUCCCAAAAAGGGCUCGCCUAACUUAUGACGGAGCUUUUUCUAGGCCUUCAAAUCCAGGACGCUUGAAUCUAGAAACUUCAACUGAUCUUCAUGUUCCAAGUUUCACCACCUCAACUCCAUCUAGGCAGAUGCUUCCUAAUAAUGACAAUACCAGCCAAAUUUCAUCUUCCUCCGUGACGCUUUCCUCUUCAAGUAGUCGAGAGAUGAUCAACCCAGACUGCGAUUCCUCGCAGCCCUCGUAUGCAAGCCGUAACGACUCUGACAUGAUGCCACCACCACCUCUUCCUUCAAGUGCCCCGCGACCUGUAGAAGUGACAGGACCUCAAGUACCGGAUGCAUUCACAUCAGAGUUUCUAGCGUCUUUACGGGAAACUCCUGCCCUCUACGAUCUGCCGCAAGCUGAACUAGAAGACCUCGUCGGCCAUGUCAUACGGGAAGAAGGGUUCGCGAAACUGCUCGAUGCUCUCGAUUCUAUGUGGAAAGUGAAAGGUUUCUUGGACCGCUAA